ACUUUAUUAUAACGACUUUCUGAGUUUCCAUCUUUCUAUUGUUUAGGGAAAAAACUAAAACGAAGAAGAGAGAGAAAAAGAAGAGAGAGAAAGAAUGGCGGGAGAGAUAAAAGCAACUCCAUUGACGUUUGUGGUACACGCGCUUGCAGUGGCGUGUGCGGUGAUGGUAUUAGUUUGGUGUAUCCAUUUUAGAGGUGGUUUGGCAUGGGAAGCUACCAAUAAAGGCCUCAUCUUCAAUAUUCAUCCUGUCCUGAUGUUGAUUGGUUUCAUCAUACUUGGAGGUGAAGCAAUUGUAAGCUACAAAUCUUUGCCGUUAAAGAAAGAUGUGAAGAAAGUGAUUCAUCUAGUGUUGCAUGCUAUUGCACUAAUUCUUGGAAUUGUUGGUAUAUGGGCUGCUUUCAAGUUCCACAAUGAGAGUGCAAUCCUUAAUUUAUACAGCUUGCACUCAUGGCUUGGGAUUGGCAUCAUUGUCCUCUAUGGCAUUCAGUGGAUAUACGGAUUUGUGAUAUUCUUCUACCCAGGAGGGAACUCUUCUUUGAGAAGCGAGUCACUCCCAUGGCAUGUUCUCUUCGGAAUAUUUGUGUAUGGAUUAGCCGUCGCAAAUGCAGCAAUAGGAUUUCUUGAGAAGCUUACAUUUCUUCAAAGUGCUGGCCUUGAUAAAUUUGGUGCAGAGGCAUAUCUCGUUAACUUCACUGCCAUUGCCACUGUAUUGUAUGGUGCCUUUGUUUUGCUCACGGUGCGUGCUCAAAAGGAUCAGGAGUCUACUGAGGAUUAUGGUACCUAUUCAGCUAUUUGAAAUUAUGGAAUAUCAUGAAGAAUGUCAUUAUUAUUUAUAAAAUGGUCAUCUCCCUUGUGUAUUAUUCUAGGUAUCUAUGUAUAUUAUUAAAUUGUAUCUUUCUAAAUUGGAGGAUUUGUUUAACUUGUGAUGUGAACUAUAAAUGUACUCUUGUUGGUUUCUAUUUUUAGAUUAUGGUGGACAUGAUGUAUGACUUAUGAGGACCGUUCAUACUGGCUUACAUACAUUAAUACAGUUGUUGUUGCAAAAAGUUUACGUUGCUAA